AAUUCCUGGUAGUCUUAUCAGCAAAGAGCGGGGAGUACCAACUCUGUAAUUGCCUCAGUUCACUUCCCUUCUCAUCCCUCCAUUUCCAUGGAAGCCUCCACCGGACCUCCACGUCUUCCUUCUCCGUCACCAUCAAUAAACGUCGAAAAGUUAAAGCAAAACCUCCUGCAAAACGGCGUCGACCCAACUCCCAAAAUCGUCCACACUCUCCGCAAAAAGCACCUUCAGAAAUUCAACCGACGUCUUGCCAAAAAAGCCGCUAAAGAACCCGAACCGCUCACGGAAACCCAAACACAAGCCCUUGCCGAAGAAUCAUAUUUCCACGCCGUUAAGUCAGAGUACAAAAGCUUCAACAAAGAGGUGAAUGCCAAAAAUGAUGUGAAAAUGGUGGGAAGGCCUUGGGAGAGAAUUGAGAAACUCAAAUUGCAAGAGCUUUCUAGUGAGAGUAAAGUGUAUUCUGGUGAUAAAUUGAAUUCUGAGCAUCUUUGGGAGCUCAGUGAUAUAAUUGAGAGUGAAAGAGAUAAAUUCUCAUGGCUUUUGGAUUAUGGUGUUGAAAUUAAACAAGGAUGGUUCGAUAAUGAAAGUGAUAACUGGGACUAUACACGUCGUCGUAGAGGCGAAGCUGAGACUAUUCGGUUUGUUAUUGACAGAUUGAGUGGGACAGAACUAGGUGUGAAGGAUUAUAAGUUCUCUAAGUUGAUGAAACACUCGGGAUUGCAGUUUACUGAGGAGCAAAUGCUGAGGUUAGUGGAAGGGCUUGGUGAAAAGGGACAGUGGAGACACGCAUUGUCUGUUGUACACUGGGUUUUCAACUCUAAGGAACACAGACGCUGCAAGAGCAGGUUUGUGUACACAAAACUGUUGGCAGUUCUGGGGAAAGCAAGGAGGCCCCGUGAAGCUCUUCAAGUUUUCAAUUUGAUGAGAGGAGAUGCCCAUAUUUACCCUGAUAUGGCAGCCUACCAUAGCGUGGCAGUUACACUUGGCCAAGCUGGUCUGCUCAAAGAGUUGAUCAACAUCAUUGACUGCAUGAAGCAAAAACCUGAAAAGAUAAAGUACAUGCGGAAGAAGAACUGGGAUCCUGUUCUUCAACCGGAUCUUGUGGUAUAUAAUGCUGUUUUAAAUGCUUGUGUACCAUCCCGCCAGUGGAGGGGAGUGUCCUGGGCUUUUGAGCAGCUGAGAAAGAAUGGUCUUAAGCCUAAUGGGCCAAGCUAUGGACUCGCGAUGGAGGUAAUGUUGCAAUCUGGAAAAUUUGACCUUGUCCAUGAGUUUUUUGGAAAGAUGAAGAGAAGUGGGGAAGCCCUAAAAGCUCUUAGUUAUAAAGUUCUUGUAAAAGCUUUCUGGGAAGAGGGGAGAGUCAAUGAAGCCAUUCAAGCAGUGAGGGAAAUGGAACAAAGAGGAGUUGUUGGAAGCGCCUCAGUGUAUUAUGAGCUGGCUUGCUGCCUUUGCUACCAUGGGAUGUGGAAAGAAGCAUUCUUGGAGAUUGAGAAGCUGAAAAUGCUACGUCACACAAGACCUUUGGUGGUUACCUUUACUGGCAUGAUUUUGUCAUCCAUGGAUGGUGGACACAUUGAUGGUUGCAUAUGUAUAUUUGAGCACAGUAAAAAGCAUAGCGAACCUGACAUAGGAAUCAUAAAUGCCAUGCUGAAGGUUUAUGGCAAGAAUGAUAUGUUCUAUAAAGCUAAGGAAUUAUUUGAGUGGGCUAAGACAGAGGAUCCUGGUCCUCAACUUUACCAGGGUAACUUUAGUUCUUCCCGUAGCCCAGAUGCAUAUACAUACACCUCAAUGCUUGAGGCCUCUGCUUGCUCUCUCCAGUGGGAAUACUUUGAGUAUGUGUACAAGGAGAUGGCCUUAAGUGGGUAUCAGCUUGAUCAAAGUAGACACGCGUACCUCCUGGUGGAAGCAUCAAAAGCUGGGAAGGUGCAUCUGCUAGAGCAUGCUUUUGAUGCAAUACUGGAAAUUGGUCAAAUACCUCAUGCAUCAUUCUUCUUUGAGAUUCUGUGUCAAGCCACCUGUCAAUAUGAUUUUGAAAGAGCUGUUGCUCUAAUUAAAUCAAUGGUUCAUGCUCCAUUUCGUGUCAGUGAACAACAGUGGAUUGACCUAUUUAACAACAAUGGUGAAAGAAUUAGCCAUUCUAGGUUGAGAGGAUUAUUUGAUGUGCUAUGCAGUCAAGCCUUGGGAUCAGACUCGACCAUUGUAAACUUAUGUAGUGCCUUGGAAUCUCUUUGUGGAUCUUACACUUCAACAGUGCUUUCAAUCGGUGAACCUGUUAAAUUUGCAACAGAUGCCUGUGCUAUGACAGCUGAUAAGGAUAGAACUUUAUAUACAUGCAAUGCUCCUGCUAAUACAGAUGAAUUUGACCUUCAGUAUGUUCAAGCUGAUGAAGGUGACUGUAAUGAUGAAGCCUAUGUCCAUUCCUCUGGUGCCAGAGAAAAAGGUGUCAAUAGGGAGUUAGUUUCUGAUAUGUCACACUUAAGUCAAAGAGGAAAUGAGAGGGCUGGGACCAGCACAAUCUCGGAGCUUUCUGAUGAAGAACUAACAUUUGAUGACCAAUUUGAUUACUUGGAUGAUAUAGAUCAGUUAGGACUCGGGAUAUCUGAUGAUGAAGAUGACAACUCUUGUGAAACCAAGGUGCCUUCAGCACAAGAAAUAUUAGAGACAUGGGAGGAUAUCAGGAAAAAAGAUGCUACAUUUUUCUCCUUUCAACUAGGCCAGAUGUGAGUUCUCUUUCACAGAAAUUGCUCCUUCCUUAUGAUAAAGCCUCCUUGCCAAAGCCCAAAGCCAACCAAAUGAUGCUGGAGACUGGCUGUGAUAAAGAGCAGUAUGAUUUACACGUUGUGGAUUCUAAGUUGUAAAUGUAGAUUAAAAGAUAUAUAUAUUAAAGGAAUUUUUACCUCCUAUAACAAAGGUUGAUACCUUAUUUAUUUUAAAUAAAUACCCUUUUAAAAAAUUAUAUUCCAGAGUUACCUUUCGAUUUUUAUAGUCAUUUCUAUUUAUGGUCAUCUCCUACUCUUAAGCCAUAAAAUAAGCUUUGUAUUAUUUUUCUCUCUCAUUCUUUCAGAUUUUUCUCCACCCUCUCUCUCUCUCAACUCCAGUCUUUCUCCAUGAAUACAACCACGAUUCUCCACUGAUUCAUCUCCAUUGUCUCGCAAAAUUUUCAAUUUUUUUUGCUCCAAAGUUGUGGCAAGUGUUAAAGUUGAUAGAUUUUCGCUCCUAAAUAAAUCCCCUCAAAUUGUUUUGUCUUGUAAUCCUUACAACCCUAGAAGCAUUACAAUCCUCCUGUUGCUAUUUUUGCCCUAGAAGCCGACUUACAUCUUCCCUCCUCUUCCAUCCACUUAUGCUAUGGCGAACUGGGCAGAAUUGCCGCACGAACUCAUUACUACGAUUGCAAAGCGUGUUAAAGUGAUGGAAGAUUUCAUUGCUUUUAGUGGUGUUUGUAUUUCAAGGCAAACUGCUGCUCCCAAAUACAUAUCGAAACGGGACUGGGUUCUUGAUCGAAACGGGAACAGUAGCCUUUCGAGUCAAAAUCGCGGCCCUCUCGACGAGACGACAUUAGGGUUGUUCUUGAACAAAGACGACGGAGUUUGGAGCUGAGCAACUUGAA